GUGUGCUGACCUGCCUGAGCUGGGGGCCGGGAGCAUGAGUGACCAGCGCAGAUGAUGGCACCAAGUCCUUCGCAUGCUGCAGGCCUGUGCUUUUGUUCUUUGGUCCUUCCCAAAGCCCAAUGAGUCAAGGGAGAAACUCGUGGCUGGUAGGGUGUGGAGGGGGCUGGGCACGCAGGGGCAGGAGUAACCACAGAGGACUGAGGACUGAGGUGAGCUGAAGGAAGGGCCAAAAAAAAGAAAAACAAAACACAAGGAAUUUAUCCACGAGAGGAUCAAGCAGAAGAGGGGUGACCUGGUGUGUCAUGAAGAGGAUUUGAGCUUGUGCCCUGAGCAGCGUUGCCAUGUUCAGAAAGAUCAAAGGGCCAUCGGUAUGGGCAGAUGUUUCUCGGGGCUGUGGCAGCCUGUCCUCAAGUCUGAUGCUCCCACUCCUGCUGCUCCCCUCUGCGGCCCCCCAGAUUGGCGCUGGGAAUGUGGACCUUGUUGCCAGCCUGAGACCCCUCCACGGCCAGGAGAGGGGCCCUCCCUGCCCGCUCCUCCUCCCCCGCCCCGGGCCCUCUCCUCCCUCCCUCCAGGGUUCAGUCGGAGACCUGCAGACACGGUCCCCAGUUCCUCUGCUUGACCUGCUGUGCUCGCGAGUCACCGGAGCAUUGCCGAAAGCCUGCCUUAAGGGGGAUGGCUGGAGGGACCCCCAGCUUGCACACGGGAUGGUGUGCGCAGACAGCCCCGGCGUGUGCGCACAUGCGCGAGGUUGGCCGCCCAAGGAGGCCACCAGCAGAUCAUCUCCUCAAAGGUUAAUUAAGAAUCUGAAGCAGGACAGCGUGGUGCGGCCCGGCGACGGGAUGCGGCGUCUCUCCAGACCAUUAAACACUAAUUAG